UCUCGACCAACCUUCUGUUUCGGCAAUCUGCAGCGGCCAGGUCUUAUCUUGUAAACCACAUGCACGGCCCGCUUUUGUCUGCAUGCGUGUUCAAAGUGCCCCCCACCACGCUGGCAGUUUCCAAAUACUCGCUUCUUGUCUUGUACACGGUUUCCUCGCAGCUGCAAAUCUCCCUUUUCUCGUUGUUUCUUCCUCACCACAUUCUCACCCAGCGUGCCAAGUCGUACAGGAGCUGCUUCUUGUGGUCUGCCAUGGAUUCGUCACCCGCUUCGUCCGCCGACCGGCGCAAGCGGCUUCCAGACUCACCGGGCUCAAGUCCGUCGCAAUCAAGCCGCCUUUUUUUUCGCGAAACAGAAGAGCCAACCUCUCCGCCGCCCCAAGACCAAAACGAAAAUGAAGAAGUUGACCGUCAGACUCUGCGUGCUACAGACGCCUCACCCACCGGGGAUGAAGAGAGUGCUCGAAGGCGCUGGUCCGACGAUGACGCAGAUGCUGUUGAAGACCCGUUAGCGUCUGAGCAGACAGCCGCUGCUGUGAAGCCAACGCAGAGGCGUCAGCCACCAAUGAAUCUCGACACGUUCUACAUGCCUGGGGAUUCUGGCGAGAAGGGUGGCGUGGAAAAGGACGGUUUCUUCGACCUGUAUUGUCGGCUGAACUUUCUGCGGACACAAGAGAGGAAAUUCGGGACUAUCAAUCACGGGUUUCACCGAAAAAAACAAAUUGCCGAGUUGGAGAGAGAAGUCUGCGAGCUGAGAAAUGUGGUGGCUGAGAAGAGGCGCAGGUCAGAGGGCUCCGAACCGCGCGCAAACACUGAGGUGACGCCGGAGGAGCCCUCUCUCAGAGCACUGGCUGUUCAGCUGGAGUUGAAGUCGAAACGCCUCGCGUGUUUGAAGGCAAGAAGAUGCAGAGAUUUGCGUCUCGAUUUAAACUUGCUCCUUAAGUCGAUGGGAGACCAACUGUCGGACUUGUACCCCUACAACGAGAGUCUUGACCGGAUGGCUCAACGCCUAGACCAGUUCAGUUGGAAGGCGCCCACCUGGAUUGGCUACAGGCCACUGCUGCUGCAGAAACACAAAGCCGGAGUGUACAAACAGUGGAUCGACGCCGGCUGCCCGGAGCCGCCUCACAGCGUACUUCAGAAAAUCGCACACCAAACGCACGUGGAGGAAAAUAUGGACGAUCUGUACGGCGAUACAACUUUCUCUGGGUCACCUCAAACGGAGAACGCAAAGGCGAACUCCAGCUCUCCGUUCGAGGAACCGGAAGGCCAUUCUCCCGCAGAUGCCGGGAAAGUGCGACAAGAUGAAAACAAACAACCGGAAACCCCCCACCGGAAGGAAGAAUCACGUACAACGCAGGAGCCUGCUCGGUCCGUCUCGAGCGACCUCACAGAAGAUGCGCUACGUGUCAUGGAGGAAAAGAAACGCGCUGCCAUAGCGAAACGAGAGGCACUAUUGCGGGAGAAACGACGCUUGGCCGAAAAGGAAAAGGCGUUGGUUUUUUGAAGUUCCUCAAGAGACGCGAUCGCCAGCUAAUGGGGUAUCUUUUUACGGUGAAAACCCUUCCCCGAAGCGUGUACAUCAGGUUAAGCGAUUCUGGAAGCUUUUGGUGUAUGCCAGAUUUCGCUAAUUAACUGAAGACUCUGCCUCUUUCAGUGAUAAAAACGUUCACUGUUCGUCUGCAGCGUGUCGAACACUCUGUCUAUCACAGUAACUCGAGAUGUUUGUUGCGACACCCCUGACGGAGGACGAAUCCGAGAACUGAUUGCAAAUUUCGUUGGUCAAUUGGGAG